UCUGCCGGCAUCGAGCUCGAAUUGAAUUUUUAUCUUCAUUAGAAUUCGAGCGAGAGAAGCGACCGGACGUCCCGGCUUAAAAAUGAGUGACAGUGUUCAAUACUUCGAAGGAGUUGAGAAACUCCUCGAGAUCUGGUUUACGACGAGCAACAGCAACAGCAAAACGGCCGACUUGCGAAAAAUACCAAGGGCGAAACUCGAGUCGCUUUUGAAAAUUGUGAGGUGCGAAAUCAUCAGUUUUAUGAAAAACGAACAAGUGGAUGCCUACGUGCUCAGCGAAAGUUCAAUGUUCAUUUCGAAACGUCGUUUUAUUUUGAAAACUUGCGGCACGACGACGCCGCUUUUAUGCCUGGAGCCUCUCCUACUUCUGGCCGAACAAUACGCCGGAUUUACCGAAGUCGAAGACCUCUUCUACUCGAGGAAAAACUACAAAAGACCCGAACUCCAAGUAACCCCACACAAGCAUUUCGAUCAGGAAGUGGCGCUCUUGGACUCGCUGUUUCCGGACGGGGUGGCCUAUUGUAUGGGGGCGGUUAACAAGGAUUGCUGGUACUUGUACACUUUGAACCCCUUCCCGAGACGAACCCCCCAUCAGCCGCUUCCCGCAGUCAAGGAGGAGCCCGACCAGACUUUGGAGAUCUUGAUGACUGACUUGGACCCCGAAAUUAUGAGUAUUUUCUCGAAGGAAGAGUCGCUGAAUGCGACCGAAGCCACAAAGAGGUCCGGGAUCGAUAAGAUCAUUCCUAACAUGAUAAUCGAUGAUUUUUUGUUCGAACCGUGCGGAUACUCGAUGAACGGAGUCACGAAAAAUAUAACCGCGGAAAUGUCAGACGGCUGUUAUAUGACGAUCCAUAUCACGCCCGAGCCGGAGUUUUCGUACGUCAGUUUCGAGACGAACGUUCCUUGUAGCUCCUACAGGGAGAUCAUCAGCAAAGUGUUGGACACGUUCCUGCCGGGCAAGUUCACAGUGACGGUGUUCGCCAAUCAGGCGUCGCCAACUAAGGACACGGCCGAGGAAUUCCAGUACUUGAGCUCGAUUGGCGAGUGGUCGCGUCGCGACAUCCAGCAUUGCCAGUUCAAAAACUACGAUCUUAUCUACACCUUCUACUCGAAGUUCCCGAGCUGAGGGUGUCAGGUAAAGUUGUACUUUUGUGCAGCUGAUUGUAUCACCCCCAUCCUCGCCUCCUUUCUCCUCUCUUCCAUUGUCUCAGUCGUCUUCCUUGAAGUCUCCUCACGUCGUCUGUUUCAAAAGUACAAAUCUGCAUCGAGAGGGUCUCGACAUCAUCGCUUUGGAUUCGACGUUUUCGCCCCAUUUCUUGUACUGUUUUUUAAUUUGUUCGCUCCGGUUUUCACGUUCACAGCGUUCGAGUCGCCACUGGUCUUGUUUUCGUGGUGGCGUAACAAGAUUUCGUGAGAAUUACUGAAAAACUUUUAAAGCCAGUAGAGAGCAUAGUGGACAUAUGUGUUGUUUUUACCUUUUACCUAUGAGGGUUAGGAGAAACAUGCAUGGAAAGUUUUUAGUUUUUCAGCUGUCCAACACUAUGUCGAUGCUGCUUUAAGAGUUUCUUCUGAUUUCUUUAUUACAAAUUUUAAGCUAGAGUGGCCACUGGCACUUUCUAUUUACCUAAUAUACGCGGACCUUUUGGGAGGAUAUUCGACCUGUGUUUAUAUGUACAUUUUUUCGAUGUCGAAAUUGCUGUUUUACAAGCAGGGUUGCAAAGGUCCAUUCAAAAAGUAAGCUAUUGUAACUUGAUGCUGAUCCAAUAACCUGUCAGCACUUGUAGGUGCAUAAUAGCUUAUUUUUUACAUAUUGAGAAUAUCUUAUUUUUUUAAAUAGAACAUAGACUUUUUUAUUCUUUAUUUUUACAUUACUUACUUAAUUACGUAGACUACUAAUUUAAACUUAAGGGGUAGAGUAGAUUUUAAUCUUGACAUACUAUAAAAAUGUUGAUGUUUAAGAUAAUUUAAAGUCAAUAAAGUUAACAUUAUUCAA